AUGGCUGAUCCUUUGGUUGCUAGGUGCCUUUACUCUGGUAAAGGUUAUAUGGUUCCUUUGAAUCAAUGGAUGAGCUACUCUGAGUUGUAUGAAGACAUUUUCCGUACAUUCCAGUUUUUGCCGAGUGAUGUUAUUGAGCUUCAGUAUUCAGUUCCUGUUGUAAAGAUUGGGGGAAGUUGCAGCAGAACUUGUUCAGUGGAUAGUUGUUCGGAAGUUAUUGAUGAAGAUGAUUAUUUGGGUGAUGCAUUCAGGACUGAAGUUCACAAGACGUAUUUGUCUUAUGAGUGGAGUUCUUAUAUUCAUCAUGUUGGGGAUAAGUUUCAUGGUGCUGCCGAGCUCUGUGAGAAGCUCAGGAAAUAUGCAGUUGCAGUUGGUUUCGAGUUUGUAUUCCUGAAAAAUGAUCUGGACCGUAUUCAUGCAGUCUGUGCAAAUGUUGGAACCGAAGGUUGUGACUGGCAUCUUCGCGCUCUUUCAUCAUCUGCCAAUGGUUGCCUUUAUAUAACAGAGUUGAAUAAUAUUCACACUUGCAAGGGUGUAGUUAGGACUCAAAAGCACAAGCUUUUGGGAUCCAAGAUUGUUAAGACUUGCAUUGCUGCUGAUGUUAGCUAUCAUCUUUCAUUGAAGCCAAGGGAUAUUAUGAGCAAGUUCAAAUCAACAUAUGGUUUUGAUAUUUCCUACAAGGUUGCCUUGAAAGCAAAGCAUAGGGCUAAGGAAGGGAUUUAUGGUUCCGAUGCAGACUCGUUCAGCAAGUUAUCUUGGUAUAAGGAAGCUGUUUUGCAGAGUAACCCGAGCUCUGCUUUUGUGUUGGAAGUUGACCCAUCUACUAAUCGUUUUCAGAGGCUUUUUGUAGCUUACGGAGGUUGUGUUGAAGGCUUCCAAUUCUGUUUGCCUGUGUUGUAUGUUAAUGGAACGUUUGGUAAAAGCAUUUACAAAUGUCAGAUUCUUUCUGCAACUGGAAGGAAUGGAAAUCAAGAUAGUGGUUUCUACCCUCUAGCCAUAUGUUUUUGUGAUUCUGAGACAGAUGCAAAUUGGACAUUCUUUUUCAAGCAUUUGAAGAUUUUGCUUGAACCUCAAGGAAGAGUCAUCACAUUUAUUAGUGAUCGGGGUACUGGUUUGUUGAGUGCUUUCGAUAAGGUAUUUGCUGGUAAUCCACAUCUAUUUUGUUACAAGCAUUUGGUGGCGAACCUUGCCGGUAAAUAUAGGGGUAAAGGUAUUUCUGUCUUGAUAGAAGAUGUUAAGCAGAAGUUUUUUAAGGUUGCAUAUUCCUCCACUGAGAAGGAAUACCAUUUCAAUUUGCGGUUGCUUAGAGCAGUUGGUGGUGCCAAUAUUAUUGACCCUUUUCUUGCUGAAAUCCCUGUGGAAAAUUGGUGCCGUGCAUUUUACACUAGCUGCCGAUAUGGAAUUAUGGCUAAUGGGAUUGCAGAAUCAUUUAACUCUUGGAUUGCAAUUGAGCGUUUGAUGCCGGGCUAUUGUAUGCUGGACCAGACAAGAAUAAAACAAAUGGAGCAGAUCGGGGAGAGGAGGGAUGAGGCACAACGUUGGACCAUAGAACUAACUUCCAAAAUGGAGGAAAGGUUGAAGGUGCAGAUGGAGAAAUCUCAUCGUUUCAGUGUCCAUUAUUCUAGUCCUGGAGUUUACGAGGCUCGAUCUGACUUUUCCUAUGUAGUCAACAUUUCUAAUCAUUCAUGUUCAUGUGUGAAAUGGCAGAUCAAUUGUUUUCCUUGUCCUCACGGCCUUGCUGCAAUACAAGCUGCCUCUGAAAAUGUCUAUGAUUAUAUUGAUAAGUACUUUCGUGUUGAUAUGUUCAAGAAGAGCUACAGUUUUCCUAUCUGGCCGAUAACCAAUGUUGAUAUGUCUUCUUCUGAAUCUGCUACUGAAUGUAUAUUACCUCCCCUUGCAAAGAGGCCACCCGGGAGGCCUAGGGUGAAGCGAUUCAAGUCGGUUGGAGAGGUUGAAAAGAAGCUUAUUCGUUGUGGCCGUUGUGGGAAAAUGGGCACUCAUAACAAGUUGAGCUGCACUAAACCUCUCAUUCAGCAGUAG